CCUCUAAUGCACCGACACCAACUCAACUUGACAGAUUCAAUUGAACCGCGCCGCGUCCAGCCGCAUUUGCGUUUCGACGGUCGGCGAAAGAAAGAAGGGCUGAUUUUGAUCUAUUUUUCGAUCUUUACUUUUACAUUCGCUUGCUACGUUGGUUUCCCCUUGGUGCCUGUCUUGGUGCGUUCGCGAUUAUUAUUUGAGCAGUAGAAUAUUCGCGGUGAGUUCCGAGUCUCCAACACGCCCCAUCGCAGGGUAGACGCACGGCUUCAACUUUCUCGAAAGAUCCCAAAGUCCACUCUCCGUCGUGCCGAAUACAACCGGCGACUACCCUGCUACGACCGGCCGCUCGAGAAUCUCUCGGAUUUUUCGAGUCGCUCGCGCUCAAGGUCGUACUCCCUCAAGCCCGGCGAGUUUCAGCUUGCGCGCGAUAUUUUCAACUGUAUCUCGGGGAGAAUGGCGAGCCUGAAGGUGCGCGUGGACUCGCCGAGGGUGCGGUACACGGAGGAGUCGAUCGAAGCGGAGUACGAGUACCAGACGACCAGCGUGGCCGAUGAGGGCGACCAUGAGAACGAGAAGGUCACUUACACGGUGACGCCCACUUUGACAAGAUUGUUGAUCAGGACCAUGAUAAAGGUCCCCAAGUUGGGCGUGCUGCUGGUCGGUUGGGGUGGAAACAAUGGCAGCACCAUGACAGCGGCUUUAUUGGCAAACAAGCUUAAACUAUCGUGGGAGACAAAGGAAGGUUUAAAGAUUGCAAACUGGUAUGGCUCGAUAACGCAAGCAUCCACCGUGAGAUUAGGCAGAAGGAGCAAAGGGGGAGACGUUUACGUUCCUUUCUCCGAUAUGCUGCCCAUGGUGGACCCUGAUAAUAUCGCGAUCGACGGCUGGGACAUCUCCGACGUGAAUCUCGCGGAAGCGAUGGCGCGCGCCAAAGUGCUCGAUGUAAACCUGCAAGCACAGUUGCGGCCCCACAUGGAGCAGAUGCGACCACGGAAGAGCGUAUAUUACCCCGAUUUCAUCGCGUCGAAUCAGGGGAAACGGGCAAACAACGUUAUCACGGGCACUAAAGCCGAGCAGCUCAAAUGCAUUCGUAACGAUAUAGUGCAGUUCAAGACUGCAAAGGGUCUGGAUCAGGUAAUCGUCCUAUGGACCGCCAACACCGAGCGAUUCUCGAAAGUAGCAACGGGCCUCAACGACACAGCCGACAAUCUGCUGAAAGCAAUCGAGGAGGAUCACCCCGAGAUCAGCCCCAGCACAAUGUUUGCUGUAGCAGCGGCCCUAGAAGGAUGUACUUAUAUCAACGGAUCGGCACAAAACACUUUCGUGCCAGGUGCCCUUGAACUAGCCGAGAGGCAAAAGACGUUCGUCGGCGGCGAUGACUUCAAGUCUGGCCAGACGAAACUCAAGUCGGUUCUCGUGGACUUUCUUGUGUCGGCCGGGAUUAAGCCGGUUUCGAUUGUCAGUUACAAUCAUCUAGGGAACAACGAUGGUUACAACUUGUCUGCGCCGCAACAGUUCCGCUCGAAAGAAAUCUCGAAGAGUAACGUCGUAGACGACAUGGUAGAGUCCAACAGGAUUCUCUACAAACCCGGAGAAAAGCCGGACCACUGUGUCGUUAUCAAAUACGUUCCCUACAUCGGCGACAGCAAGAGAGCUAUGGACGAGUAUACUUCCGAGAUCAUGCUAGGCGGUCACAACACUAUCGCGAUCCACAAUACGUGCGAGGAUUCUCUCCUAGCAACGCCCAUCGUUCUCGACCUCGUCAUCUUGGCUGAACUUUGUUCUCGUAUCACCUUCAAGAGAGCGGACUCCGACGGCAACCAAGAGUUUUCCGGCUUCCACAGCGUGCUCUCUAUUCUGUCGUAUCUUUGCAAGGCUCCUCUAGUGCCAGCAGGGACCCCUGUGGUGAACGCCCUCUUCCGGCAACGAGCCGCCAUCGAGAACAUCCUGCGAGCUUGCCUGUCUCUGCCACCGGAGAAUAACAUGUUGCUUGAGCACAAGAUUACCUUCAAGAUUUAAAGAGAUUCGUGUGAUGCAAGUGGGUGUGAGCGAUAACCAGCAAAGAAUCAGGGUGAUGCUAAAGAUGGAAGGACAACGUUCUCCCUCAGUUUGGUUUAUGUCCCUUUUAGUGUUAAGAACACUCGAUAUUUACAUAAUACAUAAAAUGAUACUUGUACUGUGUCGCUCAUAAAGUUGAUUUGAAGAUUACAAAGUAUUAAUGUGAGACUAGUGAAAGAGGGAAUAAUGAAAUUUUGGGAGCUGGAAUUCUAUGAUCAUGUUCCAGGCAAACUUAUUUUUUAUACAGAAAUGUUAAUUGUUAACUAAGAUGAAGUGAUAUUUAUUUUAUAAAUAUUGAAUUUAUUGUAGUUUACAAUUAUUAAUUUCAACUUUCAAGUAUUAUUAAUAUCUCAGAUAUCGUCAAUAUCUGUGUAACGAUACCUCAUUAUUAGUACCAAAGUAAUUACUACAGCUAUAAUAAAAUCGUUAAUGAUAACAUUAAUUUUUUUAUUAUUGCGUUGCUCCUAUGCGUUGUUCCCUAUGCGUGAAUAUGAAUUCCGAAAAAAUAUGUCGUCUCGAAAUAUAAUUUAAAUUUAUUUUAGACUUUCUCUCUGUUUUUCCUUUUUUUAAAUUCAAAAUUUACAUAAUUUUUUAUCGUAGAAAAUAUAUUGGAUAUAAAUGUCAAAUCUCGUAAUUAAACGCGUAAUUGAAAAAGAUGGUUUACCAAAUUAAUACUUGAUAGGUAUCUGUGAAGAAAUAUUUUAUGAAAUUUUGACAAAAAUAGUCACAGAAAUUCCGUAACAUAUAAAAAUGUUAAUUCAAGGAAAAUUAAUCAAGAUUUUGAAAUAGCUUUCGAGAUUCCACUCUUCCCUCAUUGUAUAUGUACCACGCGAUUUGUUAGAGAGUAGAUUUACAUGUUUCACUCUUUUGCGAAAUAGCGCAUAAAUCGCAAAAUAUCAUUAUCGAUCAAAUGAGAAGCUGAUCUGUAAAAUUCAUUUGAAAUAGAAAAUUAUUUUCGGUAAUUAACAAUUACGUGCCAUUAAUUUCUUCCAAUAUACAUUUAUUUCAUCAAUGAUAACAAUUUCUGACUACUUUUGUUCUUGAGUACUUUUUGCAUUUGAUUUUGUUCAUGACUACUUUUGGCAUUUAAACUGAUUGGGAAGAUAAACGGGAAAAUUGCAAUUUUGUGGAUCAGCUUCGCGGAUUAUCGUUUCUGGGCAAGGUACUAAAAAUAAUUUUUCAUGUAUGAUAUCACAAAUUGAUAGAGCAGAAAAGGGACAGGUAGAGUAGCGAUCAAUCACCCUUUUGUACACUUUAUUUCUCUCUCAUCUCUAUACCUGUAGUGUUCGAAUCCUCUUUCGAGCGCUGCAAUUUGUCAAUGUCAUAUGUAUAUCGUCUUACCUCACAUCUCGGCAAACUUUUCAAUUUAACAAAUCCAAAGAAAAGACUAUUUUUAUACAAACACAUUCCUCGAAAGCGACAUUCUUACGACUAUAUUUUAGAUAGUCAUUUAUUAUUAUUACUAUUGUAAUAUUGCUUUAUGGUAAUAUUAUUAUAAAUAUUUAAACAGAGUCAUUACUUUUUCAUACGUAGACAAGUAAUUAAACAAUUGACAGUAUUAUUAUGCAGUCCCUUAGCUGCAAUUGCUAUUCACGAUCUCAUAUGGAAUCGAUAUUUCGCGAAACAUAUCUAGUCUCAUCAUCUCUUCACUAUCGUUAAUCCUCCAACACCGGCGCACGGCUUUGAUGAUAUCGAUGAACCAACAUAUCCCAAUUGAAUUUAUAUAUAAAAGAUUAUGCGUAUACGUAAAUAUCUUUAAAUUUUAUAUACUAUACAUUUUAUCAAAAAAUUACUCUUUAUAUGUAAAACAGAGCUUUUUUAAAAGAGAGAGAGAGAGAGAGAAAGAAAGAGAGUGAGAUGGUAUUUUUAUAAAAGGACUUUGAGAAUUUAUGAAAGAUUCCGAAAUAUGUAACAAAAGGCCUAUGCAAUAUAAACGAACUAUAUUUUGUAAAAUUGACAAUAGAAAGUCAGAGCAGAGUCGAACGCUGCAGUAUAACACGAUGCUCAAUUAAUGAUUAACAACAUGUAAUAUUGUAAUACUUAAGACUUGUUGAUUAUCUAGUUUUUAUUUUUACCAACGUUUUAAUUCUCGAUCAACGGCUCAACAUUCUCAACGAUUAUCGAUCUCGAUGAAAUUUUCAGGUAAGCUGUGGCCAAUCUGACGCUGCGUCGGUGUUUAAGGGUGCACGAAUCUCAAGGUACAGCAACACGAUAUUUGCGUUUAUACCGACAACAACGCGAAAAAUUCUUUGUGAUCGCGAACGCGAAUGUUCAGACUUGAAUUUUGUAACACUUACAUUUACGCAGAAAGUGUAUUCUAUUUUAUUCUGAAUAUAUAUAUAUAUAUAUAUA